UUAGCGUAUUUUACUCCUUGUUCUUCUUCGGGACCGCCAAAAGCGGAAUAUAUCAAUAAUAAAUUAAGUAAAAUUGCAGAAUUCACGAGCAUCAUAACUUGUGAUAAAAAAGGAAUGUUAACUGGAAAAUCAUGAAAUUAUUGGAAUGUUAUUGAAAUAUGUAUCGUACAAGGAAAUAUUCGACGACGAUCACAAUAACUUUGGUUUAUACCGACAUACACUAAACUAUUAUUAUAAACGUCGUGUAAAACGAAUUCUCCAUGAGAAGUCCAAUCAAUUGUUCAUUCAAGAGAUACGAGUCAAGUCAGCUGUUACUCAUAAGGGAGGGGAUGUUAGAAUGUGAAGACUUGAUGCACCACGUGGUUGUUUAUAAAUGCAUACUUAGUUUUGAAUAACGCUAAAAAUGAGUAUUAAAGAAGCAUUUGAAGUGGAAUGCAAGCAUGGAGCAUUUUAUACUGGCGGUGAUGUACAAUGGAGCGCAGAUGCAGAAUAUUUAUUCUGCCAGAAAGGAGGCACCAUUUCAAUACUGUCUGUGAGCAAAAGCAGUGUGAUAUCAUUGUUGGGUGAAAUCGAAAAGAAUGAUCAACAGGAGGAUACAAUAAAUUGUUUUGCUCUUGCUGACAAUGAUACGAGUAUAUUCACUCAUCACAAAAGUGGACUUUUUAAAUUAUGGGAUUGGAAAGUCAAUAAGUUGAUAAAAUUAUGGAAGUCUAUCCAUAACGGACCUGUAACACGAAUAACUUUUUCAAAUAAUAAUACCUUAAUGGCAUCUGGUGGAAGCGAUAGUGCCGUCAGAUUGUGGAACUUGCAGCAUCAUACUUGCACACAUAAUUUGAAAGGAGUGCAGGGAGUAAUUAGUGUAUUGAAAUUUCAUCCGGAUAGUACAAAACAGCUUCUUUUCGCCGCUGGCGACGACACCAAGAUUCAUGGCUGGGAUAUCAAUACUGGACAGAAAAAGGUUACUUUAUCUGGACAUUUUAGUAAAGUUACAUCUCUUAAUUUCCAUGAAAAUGGAAAUUAUGUAAUUAGUUCGGGAAGAGAUAAAGUACUGAUCUUAUGGGAUAUAUCAUCUGCAACAUCAGUACGUGUUUUACCAGUGUAUGAAGGAAUAGAAGGAGCAUUUAUAAUAUUGCCUCAGUCUUUACCAGCAUUUAUUAAAUCAUACAAUGACGAUGAUAUAUACAUUGCUUCAGCUGGUGAAAAAGGUAUUGUUAAAAUCUGGGAAAUAAAGGCAGGCAAACUGAUUUAUACGCAAGACAAUUCUUUGGUAUCACCAGCUAAGGAAGAAGGCAGUUUAUCAAUAACUCACUUACUUUAUAACAGCAUCCAUAAUAUUUUUGCAAUAGUAUCUGUCGAUCAUAAUAUUAUCAUUCAUUCAUUGGAGUCGUUUGAAUGUAAGAAACAGUUAGUAGGUUAUAGCGAUGAAAUUCUAGACGUCGCAUAUCUUGGAGCUAAUGACAGUCACAUUGCGCUCGCGACUAACAGUUGUGACAUAAAACUUUACGAUGUUGGAUCUAUGAAUUGUCAAUUAUUGUGCGGUCACAGUGAUAGCAUUUUAGCCUUAGCAACAACUCCGGCAAAUGUAAAUUUGCUUAUAUCUUCAGCUAAGGACAAUAGUGUUCGUAUAUGGCUAUUUGAUAAAGAGAUGACAAGAAUGUCUUGCAUUGGAUCUGCCAUUAGGCAUACAGCAUCAAUCAGUUCUGUUGCUAUAUCUCAAACAUCAACUAAAUUCUUUACAACUGUUGCUCAAGAUUCAUGCCUAAAGCUGUGGGAAUUAUCCAACAAUCUUGAUUCACAUAAGCAAAAUUUGUCAUUAAAUCCAAGCUACACAAUGUUGGCACAUCAAAAAGAGAUGAACUGCGUAACCAUUUCGCCGAAUGAUAAACUGAUUGCUACAGCGUCGCAAGAUAAGACUGCUAAGCUGUGGUCUGCUGAAGAUUUGCAAUUGCUUGGAGUGUUUCAUGGUCAUCGAAGAGGCGUAUGGUGCGUUCGAUUCUCGCCGAUUGAUCAAGUACUUUUAACAACGUCUGCCGAUUGUACAAUGAAAUUAUGGUCCUUGACAGAACUCAAUUGUCUGAAGACCUUUGAAGGGCACGAAUCCUCUGUUUUAAGAGGAGAAUUUCUGUCACACGGUAUGCAGCUAAUUACAUCAGGUGGAGACGGUCUUCUGAAAUUGUGGAAUAUCAAAACGUCUGAGUGUAUUUCUACUUUAGACCAACACGAGAGUCACGUUUGGACUCUUGUAGUUGCUAAAGAUGAAAAACAUAUCAUCAGUGGAGGUAGCGACUCAUUGCUAGUCAUUUGGAGGGAUGUAACUGAAGAAAGGAGGACGCAAAUUGCACAAGAACGAGAGCGACUCGUGUUUGAGGAACAAAAGUUGGCCAAUUUACUAAAGGCUGAAGAACUUCAAGCUGCGCUGCAAUUAGCUCUAAAGAUGGAACGACCAUUGCAAGUUCUUAAAAUUAUAGAAGCUCUAUUGCAGAAACAAAGCGAUGAGCUUGUAGAAAUAAUAAGGGAUUUAAAACCAGCUCGCAAAGAAGCGUUACUCAAGUGCGCAAUUUCGUGGAAUACAAACAGCCGGAAUUCACAUGCUGCUCAGAUAGUUAUAAAUGCCUUAAUGACAGAAAUCGGAACUCAGGAACUACAAAUACCAGGUUUAUCUUCCACUCUAGAAAGUAUGAUACCUUAUACUGAUAGACACUUUAAAAGAUUGACAAAACUUUUACAAGAUCUUCACUUAUUAACAUAUACUGUUAAUUGUAUGAAACCUGAUAUUAUAUCAGUUGGUAAUAAAUAACUUACAUAUAAUACAUA